AUGCUCACCUUUCAUAAUGUCUGCUCAGUGCCUAGCUCCUUCCAGCUCCUGGGCAUACCAGGUCUGGAGUCCCUGCAAAUUUGGCUCUCAAUCCCCUUUGGCUCCAUGUACCUGGUGGCUGUGGUGGGGAACAUCACCAUCCUGGCCGUGGUAAGGGUAGAACGUAGCCUGCAUCAGCCCAUGUACUUCUUCUUGUGCAUGCUGGCUAUUAUUGACCUGGUUCUGUCCACUUCUACUAUACCCAAGCUUCUGGGAAUCUUCUGGUUUGGUGCUGGCAACAUUGGCCUGGAUGCCUGCUUGAGCCAGAUGUUCCUUAUUCACUGCUUUGCCACUGUUGAGUCAGGCAUCUUCCUUGCCAUGGCUUUUGAUCGCUAUGUAGCCAUCUGCAACCCACUACGUCACACUACAGUGCUCACCCACUCAGUGGUGGGUCGUUUGGGGCUGGCUGCUCUCCUCCGAGGAGUUCUUUACAUCGGACCUCUACCUUUGAUGAUCCGUCUGCGGCUACCUCUUUACAAAACUCAUAUCAUCUCCCACUCCUACUGUGAACACAUGGCUGUGGUCACCUUGGCAUGUGGUGACAGCAGAAUCAACAAUGUCUAUGGACUGACCAUUGGUUUUCUGGUAUUGAUUGUGGACUCUGUGGCUAUUGCUGCUUCCUAUGUGAUGAUUUUCAGGGCUGUGAUGGGGCUGGCCACCCCUGAGGCCAGACUUAAAACCCUGGGGACAUGUGGUUCUCACAUUAGUGCCAUCCUGAUCUUCUACGUUCCCAUUGCCGUCUCCUCCCUCAUUCACAGGUUUGGUCACCAAGUGCCUCCUCCAAUCCACACCUUGCUGGCCAACUUUUAUCUCCUCAUUCCCCCAAUCCUCAAUCCCAUUGUGUAUUCUGUCCGGACUAAGCAGAUCCGAGAGAGGAUUUUUCAAAUCCUAAAGAUAGGAGCUAAGAUGAAAUAA